AUGCCAAUCAGAUCGACCGGUCAAGUAGCUACCAACAUGACAGAAGCAUUUCCACAUCUGUGCAUGAGCUGGGCCAUUAUUCUUGUACUGGAAGUGGGCGCUCAAGUGGUACUUUUGGAGACGUUCAUUGAACCGUUGUCGAUGGUUGGUGACGACCUGGAUUUGAACCUUCAGGCCACACGAUUGGACGAAGUUUGUUCCUCCAUCGAGAUGUUUUUAUAUAGGUACAGUCCUCAGAACGCGGAAGUGUGGCUCUCAUAUCAUAUCAGUUCAAAGAGAAUGGCGUCCCUCUCAAGGGCGUUCAAGCUCGGCAGGGCUAAAUGCAAAAUAAGGGUUAUUACGCGCUUACAACCAGGUCCAUAG